AAUCAUGUUUGGUCCUCAACGGUGCUAGCCAGAAACCACUUUUUCUGAACCACAUAUUGAGGGUUACUCUUGGUUGCCAGUAAAGUAUUUAGAUUUAAUAGAUUGGCAUCACUUAAAUAUUAUCUUAUUAACUACCCAGGCUGGUAGAUAAUAACAUUAUCUUAUUAACUAAUUAACUACCUGGCUGGGUAGUUAAUAAGAUAAUGAACCCAAAAUCUAACUGAAGCAGUCAUUUCAUGAGUCGUGGGUCUCUGUACAGCAAUCAUUUCUGGGUUACUGAAGUCAUUGGUCCCACCUUGGACUAUUUUAGUGGGAGGGGCAGUGAUUUUGUAAUCAAAAUUUGAAUCACUCAAUUUGAGGUCAUCAGCGAAGUAUAGAUGAUAGUGCCUAUCUCUUAGGGCUUCGGUAAAGAUUAAACAUAAAAUAUGUGAAAAUGUGUCAAAGUUAGUGAUGGAUAUGCAUUUAAUGCCCAGAAAAUCUGUAGGAUGUUUCUUAGUAAGUAUUAGCUGACUUUAUCAUUAUUUAGGAAAGCUAUGAGGAUGGCUGUUGGAGAAGUCUUAAGAUGUUUUUGAAAUCGCUCCCAAAUUCAGAGGAGUAAUAGGGAUCUUCCCAUGUAUCCCGGUAUCGAUCCUCUCUAGUUUUGACUUCAUCAACUUGCGUUUCUGUUUGUCUUUCAUUGCUCUCGUGAUUAGCAUAAAUUCUGCUGUGACCAUCCCAGACCAUCAUGCUGCACUUGUCAUGUGAAUGCUUUGAAGUGUGGGGCGCAUGGAGUGUUGCAUGUAGAGUGAGCACUGGCUUAGGUCUGUGUUCUAACCCCACCCACACUUGCUAGCUGGGUGUCACCAAGAUCUAUGCCUCAGUUUCCUGAGCUGGAAAAUGGGAAGGGUAUCUGUUUGAUGAGAAUAAGGUAAGAUGAGGGAUGUAAGUGCCUGUUAAGGAAGGGCAUUUGGUAAUUAUUAUUGGCUUAUUUUUAUUGAGGUAAUUUACAUACCAUCAAAUUCACCCAUUUAAAAUGAAUAAUUUAGUGUUUUGUGUAACUGUGGCCACUAUCUAAUUUCAGAACGUCUUCAUCACUCCAAAAAGAAAACCUCAUACCCAUUCCUCCCCCACUCUCUAACCCCCACCAGCCCUUGGCAACCACUAAUCCUCCUUCUGUUUUUAGGAACUUAUUAGUAAUUAUUAUUGAUGUUAAUAGCAAUAAUAAUAAUGGUAGAUACUUGGUUCCCUUGCUGUUUAAAUGACGUGUCUUUGCUCGUUUUGGACUUAGUGCCACACAGGCUGAUGUUUUGGAGAGUGACUGUGUAAUUUUAGCAACAGGAAAAUGUCACGUGAAGGCAGGAUGUGGACGUUAGUUCUGCAUGAAACAAACACUCAGUGAACUUUGCUCCCUGCUGGCAGGGCUGCGGGGCGGGUGCCUGUGUCACAGCGGGGCCUCUGCCAGUCAGGCCCGCAGAUGAAGGGCAGGAUCAGCUGGCAGCGCUUUGUGAGGUAGCAGGGUUGUCAGCAGUGUCUGGGCUGGCGGUGGAGCUGCUGCUUAAAUCCUGCAGAUCGCUCGGAGCGGAGCGGUGGCGCCGGGCAGCGUGCUUUAACCAUUUCUCGUCACCGCGCUCCUGUUUUCUGUGGUGCGGUAGGGAAGGCAGAGGGUUUGCAGUCGAGCCCCAGCUGGCUGCUGGCUGUGUGAAUUGGAGCAAAUCACUUUACCUGUCGGCCUUUCCUCCUGUGAAAUGGGAGUAAGAACGCCAUAGCCUCAGGCUCGCUCUUGAGCCUAGUGGGCCUCUAGGCAAGAUGUCCCUGCCCAUCGGGAUGAGCCGCCGGGCAUUCAGCUAUGAUGAUGCCCUGGAGGACCCUACGCCCAUGACUCCUCCUCCAUCGGACAUGGGCAGCCUCCCCUGGAAGCCAGUGAUUCCAGAGCGCAAGUACCAGCACCUCGCCAAGGUGGAGGAAGGAGAAGCCAGUGUCUCCUCCCCUGCCAUGACCCUGUCAUCGGCCACUGACAAUAUGGACAAGGUCCCAGUGGUGAAGGCUAAAGCCACCCGUGUCAUCAUGAGUUCUCUGAUCACAAAACAGACCCAGGAGAGCAUUCAGCGUUUUGAGCAACAGGCAGGGCUGAGAGAUGCUGGCUACACACCUCACAAGGGCCUGACCACCGAGGAGACCAAGUACCUUCGAGUGGCAGAAGCACUCCACAAACUAAAGCUACAGAGUGGAGAGGUAGCGAGGGAAGAGAAGCAGCCGGCCUCCGCCCAGUCCACCCCCAGCAGCACCCCCCACUCUUCCCCCAGGCAGAAGCCGAGAGGCUGGUUCUCUUCGGGCUCUUCCACAGCCCUACCUGGCCCACAUUUUAGCACCAUGGAUUCUGGGGAUAAAGACAGAAACUCGGCAGAUAAAUGGAGCCUCUUUGGACCAAGAUCCCUCCAGAAGUCUGAUUCGGGAGGCUUUGCCACCCAGCCCUACAGAGGCGCCCAGAAGCCUUCUCCAAUGGAACUGAUGCGCAUGCAGGCCACGCGGAUGGCCGACGAUCCAGCCACCUUCAAGCCCCCCAAGAUGGACCUCCCAGUGAUGGAAGGGAAGAAACAACCGUCUCGGACCCAUAAUCUCAAACCCCGGGACUUGAAUGUGCUCACACCCACCGGCUUCUAG